CGCAGCAGCGCGAAGGUCCUUCAGGAACAAUCCCAAUUCAUGCGGGACAGAGGAGCACUGAGGGAACACAGCUCCGUGUUGCUAUACGGAGAUAUAAGAGGAGUAAUGGUGGUCACAGCUGUUUGAGUAUAGAAACGACUUUGAGUUGAAACGAUCGGACUGCGGCCGUAGAUCAGGAAGCGCUGGAUGAAGGAGGAGAGCUGCAGGAUGGCAGGAGUGUUCGACAUCGACUUGGAGACAGAGGACAUCAGUGAUCCGGAGGAUGACGUCUGUGACUUCACUGUGAGAGAACCAGAGCAUGUGCAGACAGAGGAGGUGGAGUUGACCAGUGAAAGUGUCAACAGAGACAGUGAGAGAGUUGGACCGGACUGUUUUGAGCUCCUUACUGUGCUCGGAAAAGGAGCCUACGGCAAGGUUUUCCAGGUGAGGAAGGUUCAAGGGACUCAGAUUGGAAGCAUAUUUGCCAUGAAGGUUCUGAAAAAGGCAAAGAUCGUGUGUAACGCCAAAGACACGGCCCAUACGCGGGCAGAGCGGGAGAUCCUGGAGACGGUGAGACACCCGUUCCUGGUGGACCUGCUGUACGCCUUCCAGACGGGGGGGAAGCUCUACCUCAUACUGGAGUGCCUGAGUGGAGGGGAGCUGUUCAUGCAGCUAGAGAAGGAAGGCAUCUUCAUGGAGGACACUGCUUGCUUCUAUCUAGGAGAGAUCACAUUGGCUCUCGGUCAUCUCCACUCCAACGGGAUUAUUUACCGAGACCUCAAACCUGAAAACAUCAUGCUUAAUCACCAAGGACACAUCAAGCUGACCGACUUUGGCCUCUGUAAGGAAUCCAUUCAUGAUGGAAGCGUCACACACACCUUCUGCGGCACCAUCGAGUACAUGGCUCCAGAGAUCCUGACCCGGUCCGGUCACAACAGAGCGGUAGACUGGUGGAGCCUCGGGGCCCUGAUGUACGACAUGAUGACCGGAUCACCUCCGUUCACAGGUGAAAACAGGAAGAAGACCAUCGAUAAGAUCUUGAAGUGUAAACUCAAUCUGCCGCCGUACCUGACCAUCGACGCCAAGGACCUCAUCAAGAAGCUGUUGAAGAAGAAUCCAGCCCAGAGGCUGGGCUCCAGUAAAACGGACUGCGCUGAUAUCCAGAAACACCCGUUCUUCAGGCACGUCAACUGGGCCGAGCUGCUGAACAGGACGGUGGAGCCGCCGUACAAGCCACAGCUGCGUUCGGCCGAGGACGUAAGCCAGUUUGACACCCGGUUCACCAAGCAGCCCCCGGUGGACAGUCCAGACGACAGCAACCUGAGCCACAGCGCCGAGCUCGCCUUCGCUGGCUUCACCUACGUGGCUCCAUCGGUCCUCGAGAGUCUAAAGGAAGGCUUCUCAUUCGAGCCCCGAGCGCGGGCGGUGCGCCGACACAACAGCAGCCCCCACACGCCCAUCAGUCCCCCGAACUUUUCUCAAGCGGGACCUUUCAAGUCCAGCAUGGAGGUGGGAGAGUCGUACCCGUUCUCUCCCACCUCCCCGGCGCCGGCUGCGGCCCGCGCGUCCCUGGACAACGGAGCUGCCAGUCAGCCGAUCAGGACGCCGGCGAGGAACGACAAGCAGAAGGGCCAUCGGAGAUGAGAGAGGCAUCUCCAAGACCCCCAGCAGACAUUUGUCCUAGUAUAUAGUAAGUGUUGAGGCAGCGUGCGCAGGUGUUUCUGCUGGUGUCGGGCUUUUUGGGGUGGCUAAGAAGCCUCAAUGAAAGUUCAUUUGUGUCAUUGAGCUUUGCAAAUAAAUCCAAUAGUGUUGGGGCUGUUUGCCAUGUCCCUGUCUACAGGUGGGUCCUUCUCCACAGACCCACUGGAGCAACAUGGAAUCCUCAUGGAUGUACAGCUUCCAUAUGCCUCUGCUGGUAUAUGGCAAACUGACUUAAUAUUCUCUACAAGAAGAACAGGAAAGAGGGUCGAUGAUGAUUCUUCUCCACAGUAACCGUGUUGAACUUUGUAUGUACAUGUUAGCUUGACUGCAGUAACGGGAAACUGAUUAAAGCUUUCUGUUUCGAUUUAGGCUAUUAGCUUCUAAUAAGUUCUCAAGUCUUUGCAAACAGAUUUUCCUUCCAUCAGACAAGUGAUGAAGCAGUACUUGAUUUAAUCUGAGAACUAACUGCUCAAGCUUGGAGUAGUGGGAUUUGGGGGACUAUAGCAUAACAAAAUCUCCUGGAAUAAACGCUACAUUGCACACAGAAGGUAAUGUGAUCACCAAAGCCAUAUUUGAUCCUGUGUAAAUAUGGUGACAUUCAUCUGUUUGUCAUUUCUCUGAGCUUUCCUUCCAGAGAAUCUUUGUGACUAAUGCCAAAGCUUUUGACUCAUCCUGUCAUAUCGUACAACUGUCCGUACUGUGAUCGAGUGCACUGGACAUCGCAGGUACACUGUAAUCAUGAAUUUGGGCGGUUGAAGAGGUUGUGUGUGUUUAUAGUAGUUAAAAAGUGUUCAUAUAAGUACAUAUCUCCAUAUAAUUAAUACAAGGUACAGUCAAUGCAGGCUGUAAAAACUGUGCGCUCUGUAUACAAAUCAUAUUAAAUCUAAAGUAUUUUGGGUUACCGAAGAAACUUAUUUUUACAAAUGAUUAAUAGUGUUUGACGCAUUUUGUUAGUGACAUAAAAAAAAACAAUGAAUUGCUCGAUAUAUUCUAGUGUUUGUCAUUGCCUGACAUUGCUGGGUCAAGGUCCUGUCGGCUUGCUUAUAAGCCAAAAGCACUUGGAGGGAUUGUGGAAAGAUUAUGGGGUUCAUUCAUGUUGUUUUCUUACAAAUAAAAGUGACUCGCAGAUUGAGGUCACUUCAAUCAAAUCCUUGCCUUUUUCAGUAUACCUUGUUACCGGACCACAUCAAACAUGUAAAGGACCAAGUUGUAGGACUUAGUGAGGUCUAGCCUCCCUUUCAUCACGUGUACCAAGGCAGGCAGCCAUGUCCGGCUUUGGAAAGGUGGCCCAUGCUGAAGUGCCUAAAGCUGCAUUCUCACUAAUGUCCAUUAUGACAUUAGUGAUAUUAGUGACAUUAGUGAAUGACUUCGUCAUUUGCUGACAACCGGUCUCCCUAAAUCCUACCACUAGUAUAAGUAUUAGUUUAACAACUGAACAAUAUGCCUUUAACCCCCUCCUGGCAGGGACACACGUGGAGUCAGAUGUGCUGGAGAUGCUAAAUGGCUGUUUGGUGUGAAGGGGUAGAAAAGGAAAGACAUGGCUGAUCAAAGUUCAUACUCCAUUGGCUUCACUGGAGACCAAAUCAAAUGUUGUAUCAGGUAUAGACUAUGGAGACCCAAAAGAUUAAAUAAUAUAUUUAUGACACAUACAUAAUUACAUAAAGAAUGGAUGUGCAGAUAAAAUAUGUAACAAAUUUGGCUGAUUCAGGGACAACUUGUGGCCUGAUAUCAAACAUUAAUGCUCACUAGACCCAGACGGGGAGCCCUAAGGAUGUUCGUGAUCCAGCAAGUACAAGGUUCCUCCGGAGCCCCGAGAUAUGUCGUGUUAGCGCAACAUGCUGAUGAUCGUGAUACACAUCUGGCUACUUGCUAAACAUCAGCAUGUUAGCAUGCUCCCCUUAGCCGGUCACAUGAGUAUUCACUAAGACAGGAAAAUUACAUUUUUGACUUUUGAAGAAGAACGUUCUGAAAUUAAAAGCGAUGGAAUGGCAAAAACUAGGAAAUAAAAUUAAAUGGACAAUUUUGGAUCUUUGCAGAUUUUAUUUAAUUUUCUGUAAUUCUUGCUAACUGAAUGUUGUGUUAAGAAUAAAUUACUUUGUUUCAGUGAA